CUUCAAGAAGACUGACCCGGAUUGCCACCGACUGCAGAUGGGGCUUUUUGGGGGCCUUCUCUCUCUGUCAGUGUCGGGUCCGACACUGUCAGGCUUUGACUCUGCAGAACGGCGCUGAUUCUCGAAGAAGUUGCAGCUGAGCAUCAUGCCCAUGGCUGCCUCCGCCAGCUCUACGAAAGUUCUGGGUCUGCCGCAAUGUGGACAGGUUGGGGAUCGAGUGGAGCAGACGGACAGGAUAGAGACUGGGGGCCGUUCCAUCUUUACGCAGGCUCAGCAGAAGUCUCUCAGGUUCCGUCCGGUCUGCAUACGUGUUGGCUCGCGCGCUUUUACCAGUCGUGGACGACAAGUUGAGGGAGGUCCUCAGAUAAGGUGCCAGGCUGCUCAAUCGGAGGGCUCUUCUUCGCCCUCUGAAACCACCACCCCAAACCGUUCGUUGCUUUGCCAAAAUUGUGAUGGGAAUGGAGCGGUGCCGUGUGGCCAAUGCAAGGGCACCGGCGUGAACCAGGAGGACAAGUUUGACGGGCGAUUCAAGGCCGGCCAGACGUGCUGGUUGUGCAGGGGAAAGAGGCAGAUGCUGUGUGGAGAGUGCAAUGGAGCAGGCUUCGUUGGGGGUUUCAUGAGCACGCAAAGCGACUGACCGGGGCGGGGCUCGCACCUGUUAUAGAAGUGGUGUUGCUUUUACAAUAUCUGCUUGUAAAUAACUUGGUGAUUUGUUUGGUCGUUUUUGGCGCACAUAUUCCUGUGCUCAAGUAUCAAUUUAGUUGCGUGCAGGCUUUAUCUAAUGCAAAUGGAAGUGGGUAUGCUCAUGGCCAUUCAAACAAACGGGGUUUUUGACUUCUUCAAACUUGUUGAUGUACAGAACGUUGGUGCAUGA